UAUGCAAUUCAUCAACUAAAACCAUGGCACCCUCAACCCUACAGAAAAUGCUCUCCCUUGUUUCCCUGCUCCUCUUGGUUAUGUUGAUUUCUUCAGACCAUGUAUCUUCUUAUUCUAAUGAAGAAACACAAGCUCUCCUCAAAUGGAAAGCUAGCCUUCAUAACCAUAACCAUUCUUCCCUCCUUUCGUGGACUCUUUAUCCUAACAACUUCACCAAUUCUUCUACCCACCUUGGAACAGAAGCCAGUCCAUGCAAAUGGUACGGAAUAUCCUGCAACCAUGCAGGGAGCGUCAUCAGAAUAAACCUCACAGAGUCGGGUUUAGGAGGUACGCUCCAAGCCUUCUUAUUUUCAUCUUUUCCGAAUCUUGCAUACGUUGAUGUCUGCAUCAACAACCUCUCUGGUCCUAUCCCACCACAAAUCGGUCUCCUCUCCAAGCUCAAAUACCUUGAUCUGUCCACCAACCAGUUCUCAGGAGGGAUUCCGCCGGAAAUUGGCCUAUUAACUAAUCUUGAGGUCCUACACCUAGUUCAAAAUCAGCUCAAUGGUUCAAUUCCUCAUGAAAUAGGUCAGUUGUCGUCUCUUUAUGAGCUUGCUUUGUACACCAACCAACUGGAGGGUUCUAUUCCUGCUUCUUUGGGUAAUUUGAGCAACUUGGCCUCUUUGUAUCUCUAUCAAAAUCAACUUUCGGGUUCCAUUCCACCAGAAAUGGGAAAUCUCACCAACCUUGUUGAGAUAUACUCGGAUAGCAACCAUCUCACAGGUCCCAUCCCUUCCACUUUUGGAAAUUUGAAACGUUUAACCGUGUUGUACUUGUUCAACAAUAGCCUCUCUGGGCCUAUCCCACCAGAAAUAGGAAAUUUGAAAUCCCUGCAAGGUCUAAGCCUCUACGGAAACAAUCUUUCAGGCCCAAUCCCUGUGUCAUUAUGUGAUCUGAGUGGCCUAACCCUCCUGCAUCUCUAUGCCAAUCAACUUUCCGGCCCCAUUCCUCAAGAAAUAGGUAACUUGAAGUCUCUUGUUGAUCUAGAACUUUCAGAAAACCAACUCAAUGGUUCCAUUCCUAUUUCACUGGGUAAUCUGACCAACUUAGAAACUUUAUUCCUCCGUGAUAACCAUCUUUCUGGUUACUUUCCUAAAGAAAUUGGGAAACUUCAUAAGUUGGUUGUGCUAGAAAUCGACACAAACCAGCUGCUUGGCUCUUUACCAGAAGGCAUUUGCCAAGGUGGAUCUCUGAAGCGCUUUACAGUGAGCGACAACCAUCUCAGUGGUCCCAUCCCCAAAAGCUUGAAAAAUUGCAAAAACUUAACCAGAGCUCUGUUCCAGGGAAACCAACUCACUGGAAAUAUAUCUGAGGUAGUUGGUGACAGUCCAAACCUGGAAUAUAUCGAUUUGAGCUACAACAGGUUUCAUGGUGAACUCUCUCAUAACUGGGGAAGAUGCCCACAACUACAAAGGCUGGAGAUUGCCGGGAACAAUAUUACAGGGAGCAUACCAGAAGAUUUUGGAAUCUCAACUAAUCUAACCUUGCUUGAUCUUUCUUCAAAUCAUUUGGUUGGGGAAAUUCCAAAGAAAUUGGGAAGUGUAACUUCUCUGUGGAAGCUGAUUUUGAAUGAUAACCAACUUUCUGGGAAUAUACCACCCGAACUUGGAUCGCUUUCUGACCUUGGGUAUCUAGACCUGUCAGCAAAUAGAUUGAAUGGGUCAAUACCAGAGCACUUGGGUGACUGCUUGGGCUUGAAUUACUUGAACCUCAGCAACAACAAACUCAGCCACGGAAUUCCGGUUCAGAUGGGUAAGCUGGGUCACCUCUCCCAGCUAGAUCUGAGUCACAACUUGCUUACAGGUGGCAUCCCGCCACAGAUCCAAGGUUUGGAGAGCUUGGAGAUGCUUGAUCUCUCCCAUAACAACCUCUCUGGUUUCAUUCCAAGGGCUUUUGAGUACAUGCCUGCCUUGUCGUAUGUUGACAUAUCCUACAAUCAGUUGCAGGGUCCCAUUCCUCACAGCAAUGCAUUUCGAAAUGCUACCAUUGAGGUGCUAAAGGGGAACAAAGAUUUGUGCGGCAAUGUUAAAGGGUUGCAACCUUGCAAGACUCAUUCUAUACUUGACGAACAGCCUGCAAAAAAGGGCCACAAAGUUUUGUUUAUAAUCAUAUUCCCUCUUUUGGGAGCACUUCUACUUCUUUUUGCUUUCGUUGGAAUUUACUUGAUUGCUGAAAGAAGAGAGAGAACUCCAGAAAUAGAAGAAGGUGAUGUACAGAAUAAUCUCCUCUCAAUAUCAACUUUUGAUGGAAGAACAAUGUAUGAAGAGAUUAUAAAGGCCACCAAGGACUUUGAUCCCAUGUAUUGCAUCGGAAAGGGAGGGCAUGGAAGCGUUUACAAAGCAGAGCUGCCAUCAGGUAAUAUAGUAGCUGUGAAGAAGCUUCACCCAUCCGACAUAGAUAUGGCAAAUCAAAAGGAUUUCUUGAAUAAAGUAAGGGCACUGACAGAGAUCAAGCAUCGAAACAUUGUGAGACUUCUUGGUUUCUGUUCAUAUCCACGACACUCCUUUUUGGUCUAUGAGUACCUUGAAAGAGGUAGCUUGGCUACAAUCUUGAGCAGAGAAGAAGCUAAAAAAUUGGGUUGGGCUACAAGGGUCAAGAUCAUCAAAGGAGUGGCUCACGCUUUGUCUUACAUGCACCAUGAUUGCUCACCCCCGAUUGUUCAUCGGGAUAUAUCGAGCAACAAUAUUCUGCUGGAUUCUCAAUAUGAGGCUCAUAUUUCUGACUUGGGCACUGCCAAGCUUCUUAAGGUAGACUCAUCAAAUCAGAGCAAACUUGCAGGCACAGUCGGAUACGUUGCACCAGAGCAUGCUUAUACAAUGAAGGUCACAGAAAAAACCGAUGUCUAUAGCUUUGGAGUGAUAGCACUGGAAGUUAUCAAAGGAAGACAUCCUGGAGAUCAAAUCUUGUCUAUAUCAGUUUCCCCAGAGAAGAACAUAGUGUUGAAAGACAUGUUGGACCCGCGACUCCCACCUCUCACACCCCAAGACGAAGGGGAAGUGUUAGCUAUCAUAAAGCUCGCAACUGCAUGCUUAAAUGCCAAUCCACAAUCCAGGCCAACCAUGGAGAUAAUUUCUCAGAUGUUGUCACAGAGAAUUUAGCAAGGUAAGAAAUAAUUUGAGUGGAACUCUACCUAGUCUACCAAUAAUGCAUGGUUUCGAACCUCCUGCAUCUUCAACACAAUGUAAUGCAUCUUCAAAAGUCCCAGUUCUUUUCCAUAACUAGAUUUCGUUCGAGUAAAUGAUAAAGUUGUAAAAAUAUCAAAAAGACUUUUUGUGGGUGAAUAGAAAAUUGCACCUCGGGUACCGGCUGACAAUGUGCAAGGAUAAGAGGAUUGAAUGCUUGAACAUCAAAGAUUUGAUGUUCUAAAUAUAGCAUUGUUAAACAAUGAGAUUAAUGGUUUAUUCAUGUUCAA